AUGACCACGUCUCGAGUUUCGGAUGGCAUUGAUUGGUACAAUGUACCUGUUGAUGAAGUCUUUGAAAAACUUGGGUGUAGCAGAGUUGGCCUCACUUCUGAGGCUGUUACUGAAAGAUUAGCCAUAUUUGGCAUCAAUAAGUAUCAACAUAAAAAGAAGAGUUUUCUCCUGAAGACUUUAUGCUCAAUGUGGAGUCUUCGAGUGGCAGCUGCAAUCAUUGCCAUUGCCGUUGCUUGGGGCAAGAACCUACAUUGGCCAGUAGUUGUUUUGGUCUUUCUUGUGCUUUUAAUUGCUCCAAUUAUGAGUUAUAUUACAGAGAAAGAUAUCUAUAAUCACCAAAACUCCGUCAUAGCACCCUUAGCUAGGAAAGUAAAGGUUCUGCGAGAUGGUUGGUGGAGUGAGGAGUAUAGUUCACAGUUGGUCCCUGGGGAUGUAAUUAGUAUUAAUGCUGGAGACAUCAUUCCAGCUGAUGCGCGUCUACUGGAAGGAGACGAUGCUGCAAUAAUUGAUGAGUAUGUUUUAACAGGAGUUUCGUCUCCAGUAACUAAGAGAGCAGGGGAUGCAGUAUACUCUGGCUGUAUUUGUGAACAAGGAGCAUGUGAAGCUGUGAUCAUUGCUACUGGUGCUCGAACCUUCUUUAGGAAAAAUGUUUGCCUGGAUUUUAGCAUCAAUGAAGUCAAAUGUUGGGUUAAGGUUUUGGUUGGCAUUAGGAAUGUAUGCUUGUGCUUGGUUGCUGUUGGGGUGUUGGUGGAGAUUGUUUUCAUUUACCUUUUCCAGCACAUAGCAUUUUGGCGCGGAAUUGACAAUCUGCUUGUUCUCCUCAUUGGUGGAAUCCCCAUUGCUCUUCACACCAAUGUUUUGUUUGUGAUUUACAAGAACUUACAUGGCCUGAAGGGCGCUAUCUUAAUGAGAUUGACUGCGAUAAAGGAUAUAGCUGUCAUGGAUGUACUUUGCUGUGAUACAAAAGGAACCUUGGUACUGAACAAUCUCACAGUUGACAUGACAAUGAUUGAGGCUUUCGACAAGGGAGUAGAUGCAGAUACCGUUAUUGCAAUGGCAGCACAAGUAUGUCAGACUAAAACCAAUGAUGAAAUAGAUGCUGCCAUUCUUGAAAUGUUCUUCAACUCAAAAGAGGCUUUGGCUCGCAUUCAGAAAGGAACUCGCUUCUCAUUUGACCAAACUCCGACUGAUGAACUCAGAGCAGUAACUUACUCAGAUGUUGAUGGAAAAAUUCACAGAGUUUGCAUAGGUGCUCCUCAGCAGGCGUUAAAUCUGGCAUGUAACAAGAAAGAUAUAGAGAUAAGAGUUCAUGCAGUGAUUGACAAGUUCACACAGCGAGGGUGGCAUUUGCAAGCUGUAUUAUAUCGGGAAGUUACUGAUGGGACGGAAAUUUGUUCUGAUGAUGCCUGGACAUUGAUUGGUAUCAUUCCACUUUUCGGAACUCCUAGGUGUGACAGUGCUGACGCAAUAAAAAAGGCUUUUGAUCUUGGUAUUAGUGUCAAAAUGCUAACAGGUGACCAACUAGCAAUGGCAAAGGAAGGUGGUCGUCAUUUGGGUAUGGGAACCAAUAUGUAUCCUGUGUCAUCUUUGCUUAUGGAAAGCAAGGACAAGACAAUUUCUGCCUCUUUAUUUCAUGAUCUGAUUGAAAAAGCUGACGGAUUCACAGAUAUUACAUCAGGGGCAAAGUAUGAAAUUAUCAAACAAUUGCAAGUUAGAAAACGCGUAUGUGGAGUAACAGGUAGUGUUGUUACUGAUGUCCCUGCCCUUAAGAAGGCUGAUAUUGGCAUAGCCGUGGCAGAUGCAACGGAUGCAGCUCGUAAAGCUUCAGAUCUUGUCCUCACAGAACCUGGUCUUAAUGUCAUCAUCAGAGCUGUGCUAAUAUGCCGACAGAUCUCACAGAAAAUUAAAGAUUACUGCAUUCACAUCGUUUCAAUCACUGUCUACACCACUCUUGGUUUCAUGCUGCUGGCUUUCAUAUGGAAAUUUAAUUUCCCACCCAUAAUGAUGCUACAAAUUGUUGUCUUCAAUGAAGUGAUGCUUUCGAUUUUGAAAGAUCGAACUCUUGUAUGUAACAGAGAUCAAUGCAUUAUUGCAGUUUUAAGCUGUACCUAUGGAACGUAUAGGACUAGACAUUCUCUUAUGGUGCCUGAUCAUUGGGGACUACCUAAGAUAGUUAAAGCUGGAGUAGCUCUAGGUGUUUAUUUGGCUUUCAUGACCAUCUUUUUUUUCUGGAUAGCAUUCGAGAAGGAUUUCUUUCAGCGUGUUUUUGGAGUGACAAGCCUCAUGGAAGCAGCUCAUAGCAGUGACUAUAGAAAGCUUGCAUCUGCAAUAUACCUUCAAGUUAGCAUCAGUAUUCAUGGCCUAGUACUUGUGACUCAAUCGCGAAGAUGGUCAAAUCCGGUUGUUGACACUUGCUUUCUUCUGAUGUGUCUAUGUGUUAAACUGCUUGCAACUGUCAUUGCUGUUUAUGCCGAUUGGAGCAUAAUCCAAGGGAUCGGAUGGGGUUGGGCUGGUGUCAUUUGGCUCUACGACAUCAUAUUCUAUGUACCACUCAUCGUUAUCAGGUUGUACAUUCAUUAUGCUGUGAGUGAAAGCGCCUCUGAUCGUAUCAAGCAAAGCGAUUGGUUGUCCAAUUGAGCUGCAAGUACAACCUGUUUUUAUUGUACAUUGGUUAAUGGUUCGUCAGCAUAAGCUCAUCAUGCAGCACAUUGCGAUUAAAAGUGUAGACAAUAUUUUUUUUCGGUUCACUAUAGGGGUGUCCAUAAUUCGGAUUAAAACCGAAAUCCAAUCCAAACCGAAUUAUCAAUUCGGAUCGGAUCCAAACUUUAAAUCGGAUUGAGAUUUUUUUAAAAUUCGGAUUUUUGGAUUGGAUCGGAUUGAACCUAAUUGGAUCCAAUCCAAAUCGAAAACCGAAUUGUAAAAUUAAGCUUGUAUAAAUAAUGAUUUCUUUGUUUUUUGAAAUUUAGCUCAAAUACUUGCUAUGACAUAAAAUAAAUUAGGGAGACUUUGUAUUAAUUAACUAAUGACUUGAUGUUGAACUACU